GUGUUUUCCUUCCGUUUUUGGGUCAUGUGCGCAGUGGUGUUUACUUUGUAGGAACUCACACUGAAAAGUAGCGACAAGAGAGUUAAUCGGCCUCUAAAUUAACUUUUACCGAAUGAUAUAUGCUAUUUGUAAGAGGCUUGUUGAGGAUGACAGCGGCCACCCCCUGUCCCCCGAGACUGGUGAUAUGGGAGACGGAGGAGCUUGUAGCCUUCCUGCAUCCACGGCCCUGGACCCCGGGGACAACGGUGCUGACCCAGAAGGCCAGGGGAGGGCCGAGUAGCCUCUUCCAGGUGCCAGAACGGGAGUUCCUCAGUCUUCUCUUGGCAGCACGGAUAGUGGGCUCUCUUCUGUGCGAGCGCCUGGGCGUCCGCCGCUGUGCCCUUCUCCAUUACCCGGAGCGAGGAGGGGGAGGAGUGGAGGAGUGCGGAGGCCCCCCGCAGCUGCGCCUGCUGCCCCUGCACGGUCUGGAGGACGCCUGGAGACCCCACCUCGCCGCAGAGGAAGACUUCCAGCCGCACGACCCCGGCUACUGCACCUCCAAGAGCGGGCCGCGCUGGGACGCCGCGCGGCUCGAGGCCAUGCGCCAACGCGUCCGUGCCAAGCUGUCCGCCCCGCAGCAGCAGGCCCCGCCCAGCUUCGCCUUCCACGGCGAGGACCCGAAGCACCCGGGUCUCUUCUCGCGCAUCGUGCGCGGGGAGGAGGAGCAGCAGUGGCGUGUGUGGGAGGACGAGGGCCACGUGGCGUUCCUCACCCCCUUCCCCAACGCCCCCGGCCUCACCGUGGUGGUGCCCCGUCGGCCGCUGACCAGCGACAUCCUGCGGCUGGAGGAGCCCGACUACCGGGCCCUGACCCUCGCCACGCGGAGAGCCGCACGCCUGCUCCAGGAGUCCCUGGGGGCCCGGGCCGUGGCCCUCAUAUUCGAGGGCUUUGAGAUCGACUACGCGCACGCUAAGCUCAUUCCACUGACACAGCCUGAGGGAGGGGAUAAUGAUGACGUGACCCAAAGUCUACCCAGCACUCCUCCUCCUCAUCCUCCUCCUCCUCCAGAGUUCUGUGACAUUUACCCGGGGUAUGUGACGUCCGCCGAUGGCCCCCUGGCCAGCCCCGAAAGCCUGCGAGAGAUGCAGACUACUCUCACAGAAGCCUGUCGGGGCAGGCAUGACCUAUAAUGGCUAGUUAGUUGGGGAACUGGUCUUUGGAUCAGUGUCACGGAAAUUACCAGGCAUGUAAAGAGACAUGGACACGGUCUGAAGUGUUUAAGCCUUUGGCUUAAGGAGAGAGAAAGGAGUGCCUUACACUUACAGCAUCCUGACGCUCACAUUCUACUCUGGGUCUCCGCACUCCGCACUGUCAUUUUAUUAUUUUACAAUAUGUGACAUACGGACAGACACAUUUCCUAUCUUCCAACUUAAAAUUCACCAUCUGUGAUCAGCAAUCUCUGGGUGUUACCUGUCCUUCAUUUUCCCCUUUAAAGAGUAAACCUGUUUUCAUUCAGUGUAAGUCUUAGGGAGUAUAAACCUUCCCUUUAAUUGUCUGGCUGCAUGUUUGAAGUUUUACAGAACUACACACAAAAGCAUUUCUCUUUUACUGGUGGUAAAAACAUUGUACGAAAAAUCAGCCGUGGUCCAAUGCCUAGGGAGUUGGUCCUGAAUCAGAGAGCCUAAAAAAGGCAAAAAGGGCUGUUUGGUGGAUGACAUCACUAGGGUCGUGACAAAAAGGUGAAUGGAACACAGUACAUUUCGCCAGAGGUGGAAAGAGUACAGAAAAUGUGUACUCAAGUAAAAGUAUCUUUACUUUGCCUAAAUUCUACUCAAGUACAAGUAAAAGUACCUAUCUAAAAAUCCACUCAAGUAAAAGUUAAAAAGUACUUCACUUAAAAUGUAAUUUGAGUAAAAGUACUUAGUUACUUUUAAUUAGCUUUCCUCUUGAGAAUGUCAUGUUUUUCUUGAAUAUCGUCCCCCAUAACCUCUAUCUCUUGCUUGGCACCAGCCAUCAUCCAAUACAUUGAUACAAGAUAGUAGAAUAGUGGAAAUGCUGUGUGCCAUCCUGCACAAUCUUUCAUUUACGGCGGAUUGUGGCAUUAUUGUGCAUGGCAUUUUGUCUCUCAGUCAUUUUUUUUACUCAGUACUCAGGCCAGGUUCCAGUGUAAUUGAGUAAAGUACUUGGGUCAAAAUGUACUCAAGUACAAGUAAAAGUAUUAAUUUAAAAAAAUACUUAAAAAGUACAAAGUAUUCAUAAAAGCUACUCAAGUACAAUAUUGAGUAAAAGUAUUUAGUUACUUUUCCACCCCUGCAUUUCGCAGCGCUAGUUCAACAUUCUUAGGAUGGUCUUUAGGCCUACUCUCUACCGUAAGAGUUAAACUAACACUGCAAAAUGUACUGUUUAUUACCAGAUUGACUUUCAUUUAAUUCUUUGAAUUGUGAAGUGUUUACAUGAUGCUUUCAAAGCGGAAUUCAGUUUUAUUCUGAAUUAAAUUUAGUUACGGUAAAUGUCUUGUGUAAACCAGGCCAUUCGAUAAAUUCACCGGACCAAAAUAAACAUUGGGGGACUCUCAAAUGCAGAGAUGAUCGACAUUUGAAAAAAAAAAAAAUCCCAAUUAAAGUGUGUCAGUGACAAGACUGGCAGGUCAAUGA